AUGGCGGUGCUGACUGGCUGCCAGCUGAUCUAUAUCGAGCGUAUUCGGCCCUUCACAAAGCUAUGGCUUUCAAUCAGGUGGGCGAUCCACUAUCUUCUAUCCAGCGCAAACACAGGCAAAGUGACGCGGCAUAUCUACGGUUCUUAUCCUUGUGGCUUCUCUUCUUCGCCGUCAAUCCUCGAACCCCCCAUGGAUGCACCUGCCGAUGUCGUGAAAAGUGUUACCCAGAUACGGAUACACCAUUAUCUAUAUGUGGUGGCAUUCGCGUGCCUGUUUUACGAUCAUGUUAUCACCCUCGACGCUGAGAUUAAAUACGUCUGGAGACGGAACAAGAAUGCCAACGCCUACCUAUUCUUCGUGAAUAGAUACUUCGCCUUUGUGGCAAAUAUAAUCGUCUUCAUUCCUCGGCUUGGAGAGGACGUCGGAAUCGAAGCGUUGUAUACAGGUUUUACAGUAGUUCGCGAACUCCUACUAAUUUUCAGUGGUGUAUUUAUCUGUGUACUCCUCACUCUCCGGAUCUACGCACUUUACGAACGCUCUCGCCGCAUGUUAAUCUUCUUUGUGUGUUUUCUGGUCAGUGGCAUAGCGGUCUCUAUUUUUGUGAUAACACAAAAGAGAAUCACAAGGCCGGACCCAGUAACAGGCUGUGAACUUGGCCUGUCGCGCGAAAAUGCUUAUCGAAAUGCGGCAGUUUGGGAAUGCCUGCUACUCUUUGACACUGUGGUUUUUGGGUUUAUUUUGUACAGAAUAUGGAGCGAUCGUCGACGAAUUUCGCUAGCCGAGGUCAGAAUCCCUCUGCGUUACGUCUUGCUAAGAGAUGGUGUCGUGUACUACGCAAUAAUGGUGCUUGUCAAUUUGGCAAACAUCCUCACUUUCUACAUUGCUGAACCCCUCCUGCGCGGUUGUCUGUCCACGUUGGCGAGCAAUUAUAAUGAUGACCCGACUCAUGCUUAA